UAUAAACCUCUUCAAACACAAAAAAGCUCCCGCUCUCUCUCCAGAAUUAAAACGUACAAACAAACGAACGAACGGCGCCGUUUUUCACAUGUCAAAUUCUCACGAAUCACGGCUGCCGGAACUGCCGCAGCCGCGGCUGCUCCGCCCGCUGUACAAGCAGAUGUCGUGGUCUCCAGACACAGAGAGAGAAGAGAAUUGGCUUCGAAGAAAAUCAAAGAACAGCAACCGGCGUAACAAGAGUGUUACGGCUGACGAUCUUGAGGAGCUAAAAGGAUGUAUUGAAUUAGGAUUCGGAUUUGGACAUGAAGAUAACGAUUUGGAUCCGAAGCUGUUUGAUGCUUUGCCUGCGUUAGGAUUUUAUUGUGCUGUUAAUAAACACUAUAGUAACAGUUUGUCCAGAUCAUCAUCUUCUUCGUCGAUUUUAUCUGAUAUUGAUACUGCUGCAACUAGCAGCGCUUCUUCUUCUUCCUCCUCUUCUUCUAUAGUCGAUCCAGGUGAUGAACCGGAGAUGGUAAAGAUGAAAUUGAAGCAGUGGGCUGUGGUUGUUGCUUGUUCGGUUCGGCAAAAUUCAGGAAAAUCAGAUUAAAAUCUUCUUCUUCUUCUUCUCUCAUAUAUAGAUUUAAUUAAUUAAUUAAUUAACUUGUUAUUUCAGUGUAAUAUACAUAACCAUGCAUUAAUUCAUUUAGUAUUAUUUUUACUUUGUUUUAAAGAAUUAGAGAUUCAGAAACAAUUAAUUGUUUUCUUUUUCAA